CGGACUUUGCUGAUUCUACAAACAAUUUAUGGACUGUCAGCAGCGCAAAUCGGGACCAGCUGCACUCCCCUUCACCAAGGAAAAUGCGAACAUCAUCCUCCAAACCGCAGAUGGAGUCGAUUCCUACUCGCCAUUCAACGCGGCACAGGUCGAUUCCGGAACCAACUUCCCGAUCUUACAUGUCUCACAAACGAGCGAAGCAUUGGACAGACUGCUGCGUUUGUGCCACCCACUGCGGAUCGUAUUUUACGUAAUGCUUGAAAAGGCGAGGAAAAACACCAGAUGGAUGUUGUGACCCGUAGAAUGGGGCAUUGUGCUGCGCGAGUAUGUGCAGCGUUUUCUGCUAAAUGUGUUUGCGAGGGAAGCAGCACUGUGCCGAAGACUCAUCUUGCGUGAGCGCAGUGGCAGCUACCACAUUCACGCGGACCUUACACAUUGGAGUACUGGCAUGUUGCAAGAAUUACGCAUCUCUGGUUGCAAACCGAGCUGAGUUGGAACUUACCAUGGAUGCAACGAGUCAGGGCUGCCAGGAGAUGCUGCUUUGGUGGUUCCAGCCUUGAGUUGCUUGCUCAUUCUCGUGACGACGACGGCGCUGACAAAGUCAUGCAAACAAUUCUCAGCUCGAGUUGAGAGCUAGAAGAGGCAUUCACGA